GAUCUCUUUAUCCUACUUCAAUGGUGCAGCUUUCUUAAGAAUCGUUUGGUUUAUAGUUCUGUUUUAGUUUUACCUUGGAACUUUUGGAUAUAAUAUUGCGGAUAGAUAUUGGUUUAGUAGACAGGAAUGGAAGCAAAGAUCGCAAAGGCAUUGGAUAGUGGUCGACUCUGUGUAAAGAGAAAGCGGGCAAAGAAGCCGACCUCGAGUAAGCAUCGAGGCUUACCAAAGAAGCCGACCUUGAGUAAGCUCCGAAAGCGAAGGAAAUUGUAUGGAUGCGGAACCAAACUUAUGAGGUUUGAAUCUCAUGUUAGACGAUCUUUACUUUCAUCCUAUUCAAAUUUUACAAGAACUGGUGUGCCACAGCGUCUGAUGUUUUACCAGAAUGGCGAAUGGAACAAUUAUCCUCAGGUUCUGGUUGACUUGGUUAGGAAAGAUCUUCAGAUAAAGAAAGCAGCUAUCAAGAUUGAGUCAAAUGGUGAUCAUUUACUGCUUGAUUUUUUGCAUAUGUUCCAGUUGAACUUGAGAACAGGUGUACAACACCCUAUUGCUUGGAUUGAUGAAGCUGGUAGUUGCUUCUUUCCGGAAUUUUACAGUGACGAUGAAGAUGAGCCAAAUGGCAACUGGCGGCAUGGAGAUUGCAACGAUCAGGAUCCCUUAGUUGACGAGUGUUGUGGGUCUUGUGAGAUCAAACUGCAUCUGGAAAUUGAAAUAGAUGGAAUGGAUCAACCUGAGUUGAAGGAAUCUAGUGGGGAGUCAAAUGGUUUAGUAAAGAAAAUUCAGAUUGAUCAAAUACCUGCCAGUAGUGGUUAUGUGAUGGAAGUUGAGAACAGUUGCAAUGGAGGAGGUGGUCCACAAGUUGAUGAAGAUGUUGAGAAUAAUCAGCAGAUGAGAAAGAAUUUGGCUAGAGCAAAUGAAACUCUAAAUGAAAAGCUGGACUGUGAUACUGUUCGUAAUAUAUUUUUUAAAGGAAUGAACACUUGUGAUGCUGCUGAGCUUGUUGAUAUAUACCGAUGCUCAAGUAAUCUGAUGCAAGCUCGACUGGAACUUUUCGAGAAACAGGUUGAAAUUACUAAAACAUUUCGUGGAGACGCAAAUGUACGAUAUGCUUGGCUUGCUUCUUCAAAAGGAGAACUUUCGACUAUAUUAAUGUAUGGGCUUGGUCAUUGUGGACUGGCAGCAAUUAAGCCCAUUUAUGGUACUGGUGUCCAUCUCACAGCGGCUAGCUUCUCCAACACCUGUGCAAGUUAUUGUGAUGUUGAUGAAAAUGGAGUACGGCACAUGAUAUUCUGUCGUGUCAUAAUGGGAAAUAUGGAGUUACUUCACCCUGAAAGUAAACAGUUUCAUCCCUGCAGUCAAGAUUAUGAUAGUGGAGUGGAUGAUCUUCAGGAUCCAAAAAAUUACAUUGUCUGGAAUAUGAACAUCAAUACACACAUAUAUCCAGAAUUUGUUGUUAGUUUCAAGCUCUCAUCCAAUACUGAAGGACAUCCAAUUGGAAGUGAGAAAAAGCAUGGAGUUUCAGGGGUUACGACAUACGUCCAGGGACCCAAGGGCUUUUUGCAAUUACAGUCACCUGCAAUUGAUAAAGGGAGUAAGAUUCAUUCAAAUUCAGAUUGUGGGAGAAUGUAUGAAAGCGAUGGUCAACUGAUCUCAAUGUCUGGAUGUUUCCAGGCUACUAUUGGUUCUACCACUCAAAGGACCCCUAAAUCACCUUGGAUGCCUUUCCCUAUGUUAUUUGCUGCUAUUGCAAGUAAAAUUCCUCCCAAGGAUAUGGAACAAGUUAAUGUUCAUUAUGACUUUUUCAGGGCAAAGAAGAUAACCCGUGAGGAAUUUGUAGAGAAGCUGAGGUUGACUGUUGGAGAUAGUUUAUUGAGGUCUACAAUAACGGAACUUCAAUGCAAGAUACCCUUUAAAUCUAAGAGUGAAUUGGGAGUGCCAAGGUCAGCCCGCCACUGAAUGUGGUUUAUGGCCCUUGCAUGGAGUUUUGGAUAUGUGACAAAGAUGCUGAUUUGAAGCUUGCAUGUAAAAAUGCGUCGACAUAAAUUGUUGUGAAUACGAUGAUGGACCAGGCAAAGGUCUUCAGUUUAGGAACAUCCAAUUGCUUUCUUUUGAGUGGUUAUAUUUACUUUUAGCUUGUAUUAUGUGAGUACGUGGAGUAGCAUUUGAACAGUAUUACACUGAUGUCUUUUAAUCUGAAUUGAUAUCAUCUACUGAAAUUUUUUGUUUUUUGUUUUUAAUAAGAUACUUAUUUGUAUCAGAGUAGUGACUUUGUUGCGUUA